UUCCCCAGACACCCACCAGUAGACUGCUGCGCCUUUCAGCAUUGCUAUUUAUAAAACGUUCAGAGGCACUGGGUGCGGCUCUAUGCCAAUGGACUCUGCACGCGCACAAUAUGUCAGUAGAAGCAUACUUGGAGACGUUCACAGCCAUCAGGAGCAUCAUCACCUCGGAAGACAUGAGCCUUCGCCCCGGAAGCCAGGCAUCAACCGUUCUAAAAACAGACGGCGAGAGGAGUAGACAUAAAUUGUCGCGUGGGAUGAUACAAUCGUCCCUCGCAUUGUUACAGCUUGCUGACCCGCCUAUGCAAUUGCCAACCUCACAAGUGGAUAAUACUACCGCAACUGAGAUGUCAGGUACACAUACCCUUGCUGUGUCGAUGCUGCGCUGGGUGGCUGCCCAAGGGAGCGCCUCAACAGUGUGCGA